CAAUUCUUGGAAGUAAAGCAAUUCUUGGAAGCAAAGCAAUUCUUGGAAGCAAAGCAAUUCUUGGAAGCAAAGCAAUUCUUGAAAGCAAAGCAAUUCUUGAAAGCAAAGCAAUUCUUGAAAGCAAAGCAAUUUUUGAAAGCAAAGCAAUUCUUGAAAACAAAGCAAUUCUUGAAAGCAAAGCAAUUCUUGGAAGCAAAGCAAUUCUUGAAGCAAAGCAAUUCUUGAAAGCAAAGCAAUUCUUGAAGCAAAGCAAUUCUUGGAAGCAAAGCAAUGCUUGGAAGCAAAGCAAUUCUUGA